UGAAGUGGUUCAGUCCAGGAUCGCGGAAGUUCUGACGGCAGACCACACCACAGACAGACAGAGAGAGAGAGAGAGAGAGAGAGAGAAGUUAGGCACUUGGGCGAGUUUGUGUUGAUACAUGUAACGACACAGAAGCGCCACGCAGAGACUCCGAGAUGCGGCGAAAGCAGAAGAGACUGCUGCAGAUCGCGCUGCUGCUGCUGCUGGCCUUUCUGUUCCUGCCGAGCGUCGGCUUGUGGUCCGCGUCUCUGGAGCGAAUGUUUGACAGCUCCGCGGACGCCGCCGGACUCUCGCACGCACAGAGAAUAAACAGACACAAAGUGCAGAACAACGGUGUUCGGAGAAAGGACUGGCAUGACUAUGCACUGAUGAAGAGUGAAGCGGCACGUUCAGGUGUCGGCGAGCAGGGCAGGCCGUAUCCACUGACCGACUCAGACCGCAUGGACCAGGCCUACAGGGAGAACGGAUUCAACAUAUUCGUCAGCGAUCGCAUCGCCCUCAACAGAUCUCUGCCUGACAUCAGACACCCGAACUGUAAGACGAAGCUGUACACAGAAGAUCUUCCUAACACCAGCAUCAUCAUCCCCUUCCAUAAUGAGGGCUGGUCGUCUCUGCUGCGCACCGUUCACAGCGUCCUCAACCGCUCGCCGCCGCAGCUCAUCGCUGAGAUCAUCCUCGUGGACGACUUCAGCGACAAAGAGCAUCUGAAGGCUCCUCUGGAGGAGUACAUGGUGCGGCUGCCGAAGGUUCGAAUCCUGCGCACGAAGAAGCGCGAGGGUCUGAUCCGGACCAGACUGCUGGGUGCCGCGGCUGCGAAGGGUCAGGUCAUCACGUUCCUGGACUCACACUGCGAGGCCAACGUCAACUGGCUGCCGCCGUUACUGGAUCGCAUCGCAGAGAACCGGAAGACGAUCGUGUGUCCGAUGAUCGAUGUGAUCGACCACGAUAACUUUGCCUACGAGACGCAGGCCGGCGAUGCGAUGCGAGGGGCUUUCGACUGGGAGAUGUACUACAAACGCAUCCCUAUCCCAGCUCAGCUGCAGAAACCAGACCCCAGCGACCCGUUUGAGUCUCCGGUGAUGGCAGGCGGUCUCUUCGCUGUGGACAGGAAGUGGUUCUGGGAGCUGGGAGGAUAUGACACGGGUCUGGAGAUCUGGGGAGGAGAGCAGUACGAGAUCUCCUUUAAGGUCUGGAUGUGUGGCGGCCGUAUGGAGGACAUCCCCUGCUCAAGAGUCGGUCACAUCUACAGGAAAUACAUGCCCUAUAAAGUGCCGGGCGGAGUGAGUCUCCCCAGGAAUCUGAAGCGCGUGGCCGAGGUGUGGAUGGACGAGUAUGCAGAGUUUAUCUACCAGCGGCGGCCGGAGUACCGGCACCUGUCCGCCGGAGACGUGUCUGCGCAGAAGGAGCUGAGGAGCCGGCUGAACUGCAGGAGCUUCAAGUGGUUCAUGACGGAGGUGGCCUGGGAUCUGCCCAAACACUAUCCUCCGGUGGAGCCUCCGGCCGCCGCGUGGGGAGAGCUGCGUAACAUCGGCUCCGGUCUCUGCAUGGAGAGCAAACACUUCUCCUCGGGCUCCCCGAUCCGUCUGGAGAAGUGUCUGAAGGGACGUGGCGAGCCGACCUGGAGUCACGGUCAGGUCUUUACGUUCGGUUGGAGAGAAGACAUACGGGUGGGAGACCCGCUGCACACUAAGAAGGUCUGCUUCGACGCCGUGUCUCACAACAGCCCUGUGACUCUCUACGACUGCCACGGGAUGAAGGGCAACCAGCUGUGGGCCUACAGGAAGGAUAAGAGUCUCUAUCACCCCAUCAGUAACAGCUGUGUUGACUCUGAUGCUGCUCAGAAGCGGAUCUUCAUGAACUCCUGUGACUCUUCGUCUCUCAGCCAGCAGUGGCUCUUCCAGAACACCAACGCCACGGUCUUAGACUCCUUCAACAGCAAUCACUAGUGAACACAGGAGUCCAGCGAUGCAGGACCAGACGCUCCUGUGCCUUUACUGAACUGACCGUCAACAUCUGAGCUCUGUCCUUCUGUCCACACUCCCUUCAUCAUCAUCAUCAUCACCUUCACCCCGCUGGUGUCCAUCAGCAGCAGUCUUUGACUCAGACUCUCCAGACUUCACUGUGUGUCUGAGGAGCAUCUCAGAGAUGAGUUCAGUCCUCGUCUUGUCUCUGACUCAGAACCAGAGCGUCGGCUGCCUCUCACACGGUCAGAUCUUCUGCAGGAACGCUGUGCCUCAUCAGCACUGCAGCUUUAUUUAUUUGACUGCUCCAUUCCACACAUACAUCGGGUUCAUCACGAACAGCCUUCACUGAGUGCUGUUUUUUUAAAACUUGAUUUUAUUAUCCAACUUCUCUGUUGUGUUAACAAAUAUAAACUUUUUUUUUUUCAUUUUAGAGGACAUAAUAUUUUAACACAAAGACUUCAAGGUGGAUAUAUGUUGGCUAAACUCAUGUCAUCAUUCAGAAGCUGUUAUGUUGUGUUCGGUUUGUCCGUGGGGGAAUCUGAAAUAGUCCUGUUAUGAUUUUGUACUGUAGACCAUCAUGCAGCUGAUGAAGAAUUACUGUCAGACUCUGGUGGCACAGCAGAAGACUCGACGGAGUUCUACUGGAUUAUCUGAUCAGUUGCUUUUCCUGAUGUUUCCCCACCGUCUGUCUGUGAUUUAAUGCUGUUUCUCAGUAACUGCUCACACCCAAAGACAGAUCUGUGAAUGAUCUCCGGUUUCUAAUGCACUUGAGCAACACGAUGUAAACUUGAAUCCAGCCGCCGUGCCUUACUAAAGAUGCUGGUGUGAAGAACAGCACACUGUGGUCUAGUUUUCUACACUCAGAGUGUUUUUACCUUUGAAGAUUUUUACAGAUUAUCUGCCAAGCACUUUGAAAUGUUUCUCAGAUCCGAAGCGGUUUUAAAGUCGAUCUGUCCAGCACUUUCAGACGUUUCUUUAUCCAGAGCCUAUUUUCGAGUAUAACGGUUUUGUAAUUUGUCGAUUCUGAAGAGCUUCAUAAUGAAUUAUUGUCUGCUGGGCCGGUGUGUGUUUAAUACCGGACGCGCUUGAACUGAAAUGUUGGGUUUGUUAUUGCCUUGAUGUAUCUCCAGACUGUGUGGAAUAUGAUGAGAUGAUUGAAAGGUAAUAAGUUUAGGGUUGAUAAGGAAUCUUGGGAAUGCUAGUAUUUUUACACCGGUUUGUACUGAUGCAUUAAAAUGAUUCUGCCACCA